AUGAAGAAAUCAGGAAAUGAGCUAAAACAGCACAAGCCUUUUAAACUCCAAGCGGCCGUUCAAGCGAGUUCAACGAGUGGGCGGUCUCACACACUCAACGCCAUACAGGUUCCAGAAUCGAUCAUCACAAAAAAAUUAUCGCGAAAAGUAUCAAAGAAGAUUUCAAACAGGAAGAGGAAGGAAAGAGGAAAGAGGAGAGAAAGGAAUAAUGGAAGAAGCGACUAUAUUUCGAGGCAGGUCACCUCUCUAAAUUUGUUGGCGAAUGGAAAAAACAUAUGCCAAGAUAAGAGAAUUUUAUCCUGGUUAAAGGGAUAUAAAUUACCUUUUAUACAAAAACCUAAGCAGAAAUACCCUCUAGUUUCCAAAGAGUUGUCAAAUUCAGAAAAAUCGCAAAUUAGGUCUGAGAUUAACCAUAUUUUAGAAAUCAAAGUCAUUAAGGAAUGCCUAUCUAGUAAUAUCAAGAUUUGCUCUCCGACUAAUAUAUAG